AUGAGUAGUGCCAAAAAAACGCAAAAUUUUCGAAGAGAAUCGUAUGUUCCAAGGAAAAUGGGAAAAUCCCAUAGAAAAGUACUCGCGGUAUCAAAAGAAUACAAUAUUAGUAGGCAUUAUGAAACCCAGCACAAAACAAAAUACGACAAAUAUCAAGGUGAAGCUCGCAAUAUUUUGGAAAAAGAACUUAAAGCUAAAUUGAAUAAACAAAAAUCUCUAUUUACAAAACCGACAGCUGUUCAAUCGUCAAGCUUAGCAGCAUCAUAUGAAGGGAAAAAUAAGACAGUAUCACAGUUGGUUGGUCAAAUUGAGACAUUUCGCAAAAAACUUGAUCUUUUUGAGAACUGCAUGAAAAUAAACGACCUCACACAUUUUCCUGCGUGUUUCGAAAUAAAUCAAGAAGAAACCAUGGUCGAUUUCUCGAGGUUUGCAAAAGUUCUUACAGAAAUAAAAAGAGAAUUCAAUGAAAGGAUUUCGAAGUUUGAUGCACUAAAACCCGAUCUUGAGCUUUUUAACAAUCCAAUGGGAGUCAACAUCCAGAACCAAUCAGCAGAAUACCAAUUAGAGCUGUUCGAACUACAGUCCGAUUCGAUUUUUCAAGCAAAGAAAAAUGAAGACAUUAGUACUUUUGGGAAGUUAGUCUCCAAUCGUUUUCCUAAACUUCGUAACUUUGCGGUGAAACUAUAUUCAAUGUUUGGUAGUACGUAUAUAUGUGAAAGUACAUUUUCUGCUUUGAAGCAUAUUAAAUCUAAAACACGUAAUCGCAUGGAAAACGAUUCUCUGGAAGCGUGUAUUAGUCUUACGACUAGCAUAGAUAUAGAUGUACAAAAGUUAGUAGAGGAUAAACCCUUGCCUCAAAUAUCCCUUUGA